GUGACGAGAAACAGAGUGUGUUCAAAAAAAAAAAGCUACUAGCUUUCGAUGAACAAUCUCGAAAACGAAGAGAAACCCACGAACGAACAGUCAGGACACGUGGCGGAACCGGCUAUGGCAUCAGCAGCAGCGAUGGACGGCGUCGCGGCUUUGCGAUCGGUGUUUCAGCGGGUGAACCAGGCGGCGGAGAAAGCGGGUCGCGCGUCGGAUCGGGUCCGGGUCGUAGCGGUAAGCAAGACGAAACCAGUUUCUCUGAUUCGUCAGGUUUACGACGCGGGGCAUAGGUCUUUUGGAGAGAACUAUGUGCAAGAGAUUAUUGAGAAGGCUCCUCAGCUUCCUGAAGAUAUAGAGUGGCAUUUUAUUGGGAAUCUGCAGAGCAACAAAGUGAAGCCUUUGCUAACUGGAGUGCCUAAUCUUGUGAUGGUGGAAAGUGUGGACGAUGAGAAGAUUGCAAAUACGCUUGAUCGUGUGGUUGGAAACAUCGGAAGAAAGCCUCUGAAGGUCUUGGUACAAGUGAAUACCAGUGGCGAAGAGUCGAAGUUCGGCAUGGAACCUUCAGGAUGUGUAGGACUAGCGAAGCACGUGAAGGAAGCCUGCUCGAAUCUUGAGUUUUCUGGUUUGAUGACAAUAGGGAUGGCUGAUUACACGUCAACCCCAGAGAACUUCAAGAUGCUUGCGAAAUGCAGAAGUGAAGUGUGUGAGGAGCUUGGAAUACCGGAGGAGCAAUGUGAACUAUCGAUGGGGAUGUCCGGUGACUUUGAGUUAGCCAUUGAACUGGGAAGCACAAAUGUGAGAAUAGGAUCGACGAUCUUCGGGGCGAGAGAGUAUCCUAAGAAAAAAUGAACUGCUUGCAAACACUUUGAAAAUGUGAUUAAAACAGCGAUUGAAACACUUCAAAAAAAAAAAAAACAAACCAGUUUCCAGGAAGAAUAAAUAGAAACUGCUGUUUUAUUAUUUGGUGGAAUGAUGUUGUAAGACAUAAUAUUAAUCAAAGCCAGUUUCUUCAGGCAUAUUAAUAGAAAAUGUUUACACCACAUAAAGAUUCAAAAGUUCAAGUAAAUUUGGAUCCUCAGUUGCUUCACCUCAUUAGUUAUGUAUCAAUGAUACUCUCCCUACUCUAUGUAUACCCUCCUAGGAGAUGCGUCGACUUUCUAAGUCUGUAACCUAAAACAAUUGCUUAUACUGUUGCAGAGUUAACUUAUAAGGUUAUGUUUUUAGACGAUCCUAUUAGGCCUUCCUUCACAAGACGCAUUGCAGCUGAUUCAGUGAAUUUCCUUGCAAAUAGAAAGCAUGGGACGGGUUUUGAGUCCGCCUUGCACCAUUCUGUUCGUGAUUCAGUCUCGUAAUAGACAUGGUUUAUGUUCUGUUCC